GAAUGGAUGAUAUAUCGGGUCCUGUUUCUGCUAAACUGGUUUAACACUUUAUUGCCGACAAGAACACUAUGUGAAUCAGUCAGUCGUUGUAGCUGACUGACUGACUUACUAUGUGAAUCUAUGCUUGAGUACACAUCGAUGAACCGUUCGUGUUCUUAAAUGGAAUUUUCCUCUAUUUGUUGAGCUGUGGGAUAGUAGUUAAAUCACAUGACUUCCAACCAGCAAGUUGUUUAGAACAAUAUAAUGUCUGUUAGUACAGGGGAAAUUGAAUUAUUUAUAUCGCAAAAUUAUUCUAAAGAAUACAUUGGAAUCAGAUUAUUGUAGCGUUUCGAUCGAAAUAUUUCAUUAGUAUUCUGAUAUGAGCACUGCUAUUAUUAGAAAUACAUACUAAUUUAAGUCAACAGGAAACUUCAGCUUUAAAUCGGUUCAAACUUACACCCUUCAAACAGGCUCAUUAGAUUUGCUACCAGCCUAAAUAGAAAUAUUGAUUACUGAUGAGUUUUCAACCUUUAACUGUCUUACUCAAUUGGUAAAUAAACGAAAAAAACAGGCUACUGAUUGCUUCUCAUUACAGCCAACUCUACAUAACUAUGUUUAGCUUAGUUAAGUAAAAAUAAUCAUUCCGAGACCACUAAUUUUAAUUCACCUGGGAUAUGGUUUGGUUUUUUCACUUGACUUAGUAUCGAACAAUCGAAGUUAUGCUAGAUAUUUAAUUCCGAAUUAAAGAAUUUUAUUAGUUCACGUUCUACGUUUAUUUGAUCAACUUAGAGUAUGCAAAUGUCUUUUUAAACAAAAGCGUCAGAUAAAUGCGAAGAGUUUGAUAAACUUUGAAAGAAAGUUUUUUUUACUUUUUGACUAAUACAUUUUCAAAUUGUUCUUGUUUGAAUCACUGCCUAGUUUUAUAAUAAUGAUAAGUGGUCUUAAAUGCAUAAAAAGUUAGUCAUUCAUAAAGUCUCACUGCAUGUUUCAGAAACAUUUAUACGAAAUUCGUGCAAGUUGCAAAAACAUCCAACCGAAGUGUCCAAAAUAGCACGUAACUCACAUUCUAAAUUCCACUGCUAUCCACUAUCAAAACUGUUUAAAUAAACCUGUUAUUUAAUGUCAGUAUCGAGAUAAUCCGCUGAUGAUAUACAUCUACUAAUAUAGACUGAUCAGUUGCAUCUUACUUAACAUAAAAAACGGACAAAUCUAAACCCUUACAAAUGAAAUGUAUACGAAAUAUUAGUGUUACUCAUUCUUAUUUUUAAAAUUUGUUGAUAAAUUAUUCUCUACAAUCACUUCGACUUUUUUUAUUCAUCCUGUUUUAUUUAUAUAUCUAGCUUAUUGUCUGAUUGGUUUCGUCGAUAAAUAGGUCAAUUGCUCUGUUUUUUUGGGACAUUUGCCUAAACAUUCAACCAAAUAUAAUGGAUGGAUUUGGAUUAUAGCGGUUAACUUAUUCAACAAAUCUAAACAUGAAUUCUGCAUCAACUAACUUUCAGUGCACAACUCUACUACCGGAUUGUCUAAAUUCUAAUGCCUUAAAAACAUCAUCAUUAUAUAUGAGACGAUGGAGAAGGCGUCAAUGUAUGAAGUUGGAGACUGAUCGACUUGAAGGACAACAGUGUCAACAACAACAACAACAACAACAACGACAAAAACCAUUAUAUGACGAUUUCGUUUCAAAUACGAAUUAUUUCCAGAAUGCAAUUAUUAACCUUAAUCAAACUGUGGACAGUAUUCUGAAGACAAAUUCCAUGUUAGCAAUUAGUGAACUUACAAAUUACAGUGGUGAUACUUCGAUUACUACUACUUCUACCAUUGACGUUACUUAUACUAAUAGUGAUAAUAAUAAUAAUAAUAAUCGAAGCUAUCAGUCACUGUCUACAAACACUUCAGUUACUAGUCGAUCGAAUGCAGAUGCUGAGUUUUGUAAGAUGUCUAAUUCGACGCCGGCGAUGUUUAAUGGUGGUGUAACAUCUCCUGGAAAUUAUAAAAAAAUAUUAAUUGAUCGAUACUUGUUGAGUCAAUCAAUGUCACAUUGUGGUACAAUCUAUGAAUCAAUCAGUCCAUUUACUAAGAUGGUACAUGUCCCAUUAUUGAAAGAAACACAAACAGAUUACAGCAGUGAAAAAACUAUGAAGGUGCCGUUAAAUACAGAUACGAAUUAUCACUUGGAAACUAAAAGUACAAUACCUGAAGAGUUGAUCAAUGGAAAGAAAUCUAAUUCAUCGGACAAUCAAAUCAGAAAUUUCCAAUCUCUCAUGAGAAAAUUGCUCUGUGAUAUUUUAACCAGAGAAUUAUUGGCUAAUAAAUAUAAAGAUGAACCGAACAUGAUUCAGUCAACUGUUUCUUCCAGUCACAACCGAUAUUGUAAUACAUUGAAUCCACAGAAUCCUAUCAGUACCAUCAAUGACAGAAUUUACAAUCUCGAUUCUUCAAAUACUGAAACAAAACUAUCUUUUAAUAACGAAAAUUAUGAACAAGCUAUUUCAACCCCAUGUUUUUAUCCUAAUUUCUUGAAUGAAUUACAAUCACUAUUGCGCAAUAACUGUUAUUCAGACGAUAUGAAGGGAAGUGAUCAUCAACCGACUGUAAUGCAAAUUUUAACCGAUGGGAAGAAUAGUUCGUUGUAUACAUGUUUGGACAACUCAACAUCACCGUUAUUGGAAAUUAAUUCGAACAAUCAGUUGAAAACUCCUUUACUUGGUAUGCAUAAUUCAAACGAUAAGUUAUUGUGUCCGGAAGUGAUUGAGAAAAAUUCAGUGGAUGCUAGUAAACCACAACAUUCACAAAAAUCAUCAUAUCGUUCAUUGGCAGAGACAUCUAUGAGUCAAAUGUCAAAGCAUUUCAUAAAUAAUAACGAUACUGUUAAUACUACCGCUACUACUGUAUUCUCUCCUAAUUUUUUACAUUCAAUACAUAGUUCAGUAAAAAAUCAUAACAUUCAAAAUUCAACGUUUAAUUCUUUAUUGUUGGUAUGUAGUCAACCAUAUACAACAGUGUCAAUUAAUUCAGAAUCAUCGACGUUAACUUCAGCAUGUACUACUCACAGACAGCAACAAUAUACAUCAGUUGAAACAUCUGUUUCAUAUCCCUCAAGUCCUUUAUUCAAAUAUCGAUAUCCAAUAGAUGAUCACAAAUUUUCGACUACACCUCUUCAUUCAUCAUUAUUUUCACCGACUCAUAUCAUUCCAGAAAAACGUUUUGAUGCCACCAUUAUUACCUCUACCACUCCUGUUACUACUAUUAUUACUACUAAUUCGAAAAUGAAUGAACAAACUAUUACACAUCAGUCUCAUUUACCUUUUAUAAACACUUCGAUUGCUCCCAAUCAAAUAAGUACCACUAAUGUUAAUCAGAUUUCUAUGUUUAAUAAUAAUAAUACUCUUGUUCAAAGUUAUUCCGACCUACAAUUUAUGGAUGUUGAUAAUUAUCAAUGUGAAAAUUCAUCAAGCUGUAAACAAACUGUGUCGAAUAUUACUAAUAAUUGUACUACAUUUAACACAUUUUCAUCUGUACGAACACUUACUUCUAAUAAACGUAGUAAUACCACUUCUACCACUACUAAUGAUACUAACAAAAGUAGUAGUAUUAAUAGUUCACUUAUUCAGCAUAGAACUUCAAAUGGUUUAUAUGUAUGCAUGGUAUGUUCUCGUCAGUUUACUCGUUCUGAUAUGCUUGUAAGACAUGCUCAUGUGCAUACAGGUCAUAAACCAUUUGAAUGUAUAAUAUGUGGUCAAGCAUUUAGUCGAUCUGAUCAUUUAUCUACACAUCAACGAACACAUACUGGUCAAAGACCGUAUCAAUGUUCAUUAUGUUAUUAUUCUGCAUCUCGACGUGAUAUGAUUACAAGACACUUAAGAGUACAUCAAAGAAAAGGUCAACUAGUUUCAACCAAUGAAAGUGGUGGACCUUUGAAAUUACAUUUCACUAUAAACUUUUCACAGCCUUCUAAGUAUUCUAUCAAACAGAAAGAAAACAGGAAUACUUCUUCUCUAGUGAGUGUAACAGAUAAUCGUUUCUCAGUCAUAUCAUCACAGUCUUCUCAUCUCAAUAGUAUUCAUUAGAGCAUAUACAUAACCUCACUGGAAAAAGCGGGACAAUGUUUGGAUGCAUUUCAGUUUAACACAUAAACAAUUAUCAGCUGAAUGACAAUCGAAUUUUGUUUUAAUAAAAUCAUUCAAUCAUUUUGUUCACCUUGACUUCCAUCACUAUGUCUUCCGAAAUAAAUUCCUACUCUAUAUGAGUUAUUUCGUCUGUGCUUAAGGCUUAAAUUUAUAUCGAUAGGUGUUUGGAAGCAAAAAAUAUUUAUUUCUUUUACAUAUUUGUUCACAGCAAUACAUACACAUAAUCUCUGCCAUUGUGAAUAAUUAAAUGUUUUAUGAUUUGAAAUUGUUGUUAUUUCGAAUGAGCAAAAAAAAGUAUUUCAUGUAGAGAUUUCAAUUUAUAUUAUGCAAGAAACAUUAUAUUACAUCAUCAUAAAUAGUUCAGUAUAAAUUAUUGAAUUGUCUUCAUUCCAUUCCUUCUCCUACCAUCAAUAUAUAUAAUGAUGGUCAAAUUCAAUAGAAUUGAGAAAUUCCAAAAGAUAAUCUGUUUUCAUUUUUUUGUGGUUCAUAUUUUGUUUUCUAUAAGAACAAUAUAAUUUGUUCCUCCAAUUAUAUUUUCUAUUUGUAUCCUGUCACUAUGUUCCCUUUUUUCUGUUUGAUUUUUUAAAAGUUCUUCUUUUAUCGUGUAAAAUAAUAUUGUUCAUCUUUAACAAGUAUUAGAAAAGAUGAAAUAAUAAUCACUGAAUAGAUUGUUCAAAGAAAACAAAAAUUGUGGAAUAUCGACUAAUGAAUUAACGCGUUUAUGUAUUGAUGCAUUUUUAGUCAUAUUAUUACUGUCAUCAUGAAAUUGAUUUCUGUGUAAAGUUCUGUUAUUGUAUUGUUGUUGUUGUUUUGUUUUGUUUUUCAUUUUCCCGCGAGUGUUUAUUGUUGUAUGUGUUUAUAUUCAUGUUGUUAGUUUGUCUAUGAAAUUUAUUUAUUUUGUUUCCUAGUUUAUUUAUUUAUUUUUUAAUGAUUGUUUUUUAAACGUUCACAAUAGAUCAUAGCUACCAAACAUUUAUAAACAUCAUUUUAUGCAGAGUUUCAUCUAUGCUUAUGCUUAUACUAAUGUGGUGUGGAAACUCGAACUGAUGUACGUACGUACAAAGUUUUACGUUGUUACUGACUGAUGCUUAAUGAAUUGUUUUAAUCUUCAAUAAUGUAACAUUAUAUUUUUAUGCUAUUCACAGAUGAAAUGCUAGCAGAUUUCUUCUUUUUAUCCUACUGUAUACUUCAAAUGGUUAUUAUACUUAGUGUGUGUGUAUGUGUGUCUUUUACAAAUAUAUAGUUGAUACAAUGUUUUGUUGAUUUUCUUUUGUUUCUUCAUUUAUUGUAAUUUAGUCUUAGAUUUUAAUGUGAUUAUUAUUUUUCUAGUAUUUUAACAUGUACACAUAAUAAUAAUAGUUUUGGCUUGAAUUCUUUAGCAGCACAUAUCUUACAUAGUAGACUCUCUUCAUUCAAAGUUUUUCAUCUUCAUAUAUGAUUCCUCUUUUCAAUUGAAAUCAUUGGUUUCCAUGUUUAUGUUCUAUUUCAAUAUGGAUGGAUAUAUUUCAGUCCUAUUUAAUGAUAACAUGACAAUUUAGAGCAUUCCUGAUAUUUUUCAUAGAUAUUUGUCUUAUUUUGGGUAAUAUUAUUGAAUAUGUUGAAAUUAUUACGCUUCACUUAUGUGUCUUCAUCUUUUCAUUCAUCAUAACAAAUACUUCAUGUUCAUGAUUACUUUCUUUUCCUUUUUUUUAAAAAAAAGAAAAGAAAAGAAGAUAAAAAUUUUCGAUGCAUAUCAUCAUCUAGUUUUUUUUCUGUCUGCUUAUAUGUCUUAAUUUGUGCUGUUUGGCUUUUCUUCUUUAUUUUGAUUCUUAUUUUUGUCUAAAUUGUUUUUUGUAUUUGUCAUUAGAUUGAAUAAAUCUAAAUGUUGAUUA